AUGCCGCAAGACUACUUUGGGCCAAUCCAAGAGGCUCUGAAGCAUCUCAGACCUCUCCUCAUCUACCUGCCUGUCAGUUCGACAACACCAUCCGACCGAGUGGAGAGCCUGAAAGAAGCACUGAGUGCCGUUCAGACGACUGUGGGAGCUUAUGGAGGACGAAGGAAGGGCAAGAGGGGGAGAGGGGAUGGUGAUGCUCAGAAGGCAGAUUGGCUCGAUACGGAGGGCGUGUCCAUCUUCAACCAAGCUCGAGCAGCAAGCAAGAGAUACGAAGGAAAUGCAGAGAUCAAGGAAGAUCUCGAUAUCGCGGCGCAGGUGCGUCUCACUGCCUACAAGAUGAUCGAAGCGGCUAGCGACUCCAAGCCUCGUCCUAGUCAAUUGCAGAGGGACCUAUACCUUCUCAGCCGAACCGCCGCCGCCGUAAUGGCAUCCAACCAGAAGGCUAAGCUGGAAGAACUGUUGACACAUGGGGCUGAGCUCGAGCAAGAUAUCAGGACAGUGCUGUCCGGAAAACACUCUGCAGAUACUGCUGAAGUACUGGGUUCCAUUCUGGACUUCUACCUCGUCCGAAUCGACUUUGCUUUCAACGAGGACAACGCUCAACUGGCCAGUACCAUCGCUCGCAAAGCACUCGGUAAGACUUCCGACCGGACGGUGGAUGACUCGCUUCCAGAUCUCCGCAGAAUGGGUCAGCUCAACAUCACCGAUGUCAAACGGCUGGCGCAUCACUGUUGGAAAAUCAGUGAAGAGCUGUGCUUCAAAGGUGCUGAUCAGCUGUAUUAUCUGGAUGAUGCCCUCGCAUGGACCCACAUUUGCCUUGAGGCUGCAAAUCUGCUCCAGCAAGACUUUGGGGAGGAUGCUAGAUGGUUUGAGCUUGAAAUUUCGGUGGUCCAUACCAUGAUCAAAGCUUAUCGACUCAAAGGUGACCCUGACUCCCUUGAAAGAGGAUACGCAGCAGUACAAAGUCUUCAAGAAAUGAUUGGCGAAGGAGAUCCUCGAUCCAUACAUGCUCUUGCACUCUACAGUUUGUCGCUUCUCAAGGAGAGAGGUGGCACUGAGGAUGAUUUCAAGAAGCACUUCCGACUCGCGGUCGAUACGAUGAUUUGGUCGAUGGAAAAUGUCCACUCGUUGCUGUUUGAGAUUAGCCGGUUCCGGGAAGACGUUGACAAACAUGAUUGGGCAAUGGAGCUUUUCCUCAAUAGCUCUUUACGUUAUGAGCCCGCAAAGGCUUUUACCGGUACCAUCCUACUCAAUGUAAUCUAUGCCUCUCGAGGCCGGGCGGUGUCGGAUCCCGAGCGCUGCAUAGUCUUUGUCGGACGCCUGCUAGACGGCAUGAUGAACAGUGGGGAGAUGUCUGAUAUCGAGCGAACAGCAUGUGCUCACACUCUGUACGGUCUUGCCGAUCUCCUCGUCGAGGCUGAGCAGAAAAGGUACAACCAGGCGGCCGGGUUGUACACCCUUGCAGCUCAUCCGGUGCUGGCUGUUGACGAUUCCGACAAGAUUCUGCGCAAGGCAGCGAUGUGCCAUAUUCUCGCAGGAGACUACGACCGCGCCAAAGCCAAGAUUAGGGAUUGCCCAGAGGAAGGAGCUGCCACAUAUUAUCUACACUUCCUGAUCGGGCUGAAUAUGGGUCAAGAAGAAGUAGCCAUUGAGGCGAUCCAGAAAAUGGCUAGUUGCGAAGAUCUGGGCGCAAAUCAAUUGCUCAAUGUGGCGUCGUUGUCUCAGCGAUCCGAAUACGAUCAAGUGCUUAUAGCCUGCAUUCAGUUGAUGCUGUCGAUGGCCGAUCAGUUCUCGGAGGAGUUGUACCUGUCAAAGAUGGAACUGCCGAAAGCGCUAAUCCAUCUGCUUUACAAGGGUGUGGAGAAGGAGGCAUCUGGAGACGAGGAGCUGUUCGAGCGCAUCCAAGGGGUUGUCAAGAACAUCACUCAAGACUGCUAUAGUGAUCCCGACUUUGUCCAACAGCACGGUUCAGAUGUUGCCUGGGUCGCCAAGACUGCAUACAACAUGGGCAUCAAGAGUAUCGCAACAUGCUCCCAAUCCGUCGUGGCGAGCAUCUUCGACACCGCUGCGCAGCUCAUGGACAUGAUACCGGAAGGCAUCGAUCCCCGAUGGUCAACAUAUGUUGCCAUCGCGAAGUAUACUUGUUUCUGUGGCAAUUUGUUCUCCUUUCGUAGUAUGGAGCCGGGCAUAGAGAAGAAACAGCUACUUGAAGGCUUGAGAAACUACCUCCCGGUGUGCCGAGAUGCAGUCACCGACGCUCUUAAGAAUGUUCAGGACAAGGUCUCGAGGCUGCAGCUCGCCACCAUCUUUGGAACCCUGAAGAUCUUCGAAGUUGAGCUGUUGGCGGCAAGCGGAGAAUGGGAUGCAGUGGCGAGAGCUGUGACGAUGCCUACGGAGGGCAGUAAGAACACAGUAGAGGUGAUGGAGAGCGUCAUGGACAUCAUCAACAGAAAUCCAGACUGUCCAGUUGAGAUUACAGGUCAAGUUCUGGGGACUCUCAUUCAGACCUUCGACAAAUCAAAACCAGAGGGCAUCGUCGGAUACAGCAGAUGGGUGCGAGUUGCAGUGGACUUUGUCCGUCUCAGAAAUGCAGAGGGAGACCAGACAAGGGUCAUGGAGUAUGUCAAAAAAGCUCUUGAAGUGAUCAAAACGGCUCCGCCGACGACGUAUCCUCAAGAAGAAAUUGAGUGGCUGAUGACCAGCGCCUGGAAUCGGAGAAUGCGCAAAUACGAGGCUGCCAAGCACUGGUGGGAGCUCGCCCUCCAAAUCGGAAUUCACGUAUCAAACCGCGAGGGAAGGUUGCAACAGAUGCACGAUCACUACAAUCGACUGCUUACCAAACUCGAGGGUGUUGAGCGGCUCUGA